CACCUCAGCAGCGGAGAUGGCGGAAGAAGCAGAGAAAGACAGCGCCUCGGCAGGUGGCUGUGGCGAUGGCAAGGCACAACUGUACCUGAAUCCCACGUUCCACAGCAUCACGAGGACCAACAUGUACCCCACACGCACAAUGCUGUACAUCAUUGGUUGUGACCAGGUGCGCAAGGAGUUCCGCGUGUUGGCGUUGGAUCGCAGCACGAAGGACCUUGCGAUUGUCGAUGAUGGCAAGGUGUACAAUGAAACCGAGAUACAGGCGAAGCUGCGCGAGUUAAACUUCCAUCAUCCAGGCCUCCUGGAACGAAAGGUGUCUGGGUUUGGUAUAUUUGGCGUUGUCCGCUUCUUGAGCGGGUAUUACAUCCUCGUCAUCACCAAGCGGCGAAAGGUGGCCAUGAUCGGCGGGCACAUCGUGUAUCGCAUCGAGGACAUGUUCAUGGCCGCCGUGUACAACACCAGCUUGAGCAACGCCACCAUUCCACCAGAUGAAAAGCGCUACACGAAGAUGUUCCAGAACGUUGACACGACGAGCAACUUUUAUUUUUCGUACACGUACGACCUCACACGCCCCCUCCAAUCCAACAUGUACAUCCCAAGCGAAGACGAAGCUGCCGGCCGCGUGGCAGCACGCCCUCGUCCCAUUCGCCCAAACACCAAGUUUGUCUGGAAUCAUUUCCUCACCACCCCGUAUGCCAACAAGGUUGAUCGCCGAUGGGUGAUUCACGCCAUGCACGGCUUCAUUGCUCAGAGCAACCUCAAUGUCUUUGGUCGCCCCAUCUUUGUCACCCUCAUCGCCCGCCGCUCGCGCUUCUACGCUGGCACACGCUACUUGAAACGCGGCACGGACGAGAAGGGCAACCCGGCCAACGACGUGGAGACGGAGCAGAUUGUGCACGAUGCGUCGACGCUGUGUCAUCGGUCCGGAAGGUUCACAAGUUUCCUGCAGGUUCGCGGAUCGGUGCCGCUCUAUUGGCAGCAGGAACAGAACAGCAUGAAGGCCAAGAGAGCCAUUUCCAUCGCCCGCAGUGACCCUUUCGCCUCCCUCGCAUCCAUGCACUUUGAACGCCUGCUGCACCGGUACGGGUCGCCCGUCAUUGCCUUCAAUCUCGUCAAACGGCUGGAGCGGAAACCCCGCGAAGCGCUGCUGUACGAAGGCAUGAAGGACGCCCUCGCAUACAUCAACCAGUUUCUUGGCGAGGAUGAGGCUGUGCGCCACUUUGCGUGGGACAUGGCGCGAUGCAAUAAGCGAAACGGCACAGUUCUCCAACACCUCGACAAGUUUGGAACAGCAUUCCUCGAGGAGAUUGGCAUCUUCCAUGCGGGCCCGCAGCUGUGGUGCACACGCGGCGACCCGCACAACACGAGCACUGGCGGCACCCUGGCAUAUGACAACCCAUACCGCCGCGUCAGGGGUCGCAAUCAGUGCGGUGUUGUGCGCGUGAACUGCGUCGAUUGUCUUGAUCGAACCAACACAGCCCAGUUCAUGAUUGGCCUCUGUGCGCUCAGACACCAGCUGUACGUGCUUGGUGUGAUCCCGGAGGUCAACUCGGCCUCCAUCCCCUUUGACUGCCUUGCAUGGCGUCUCCUGUGUGAGUUGUAUGAGGACCACGGCGACACCAUUGCUCUGCAGUACGGCGGGUCAAGUCUUGUCAACCGCAUUCAAUCUUACCGCAAGCGCCAGUGGACAACGCAUUCCAAGGACAUCCUCAACACUGUUGCCCGCUACUACAGUAACUCUUUCACAGACACUGACAAGCAGAUGGCCAUCAACCUGUUUCUGGGCAAGUACCGGCCAACCGCGAGCACCACUCCGCUGUGGCUGCUCGACAACGACAAGCUGCUGCACCGCCACGACGUCCUCAGCCCAACGCCGCCCUCGCGCCCGCCAUAUGACAAGUGGCACAUGCGCGUCACAGUGCCAACCAUUGAGCGCUUUCGUCAAUCAAAGUGUCAACAGCUGGACAGUGAAGCGAACAGCGGACAAGGCCACCUCCUCUCCCAACGCGCCAACGACAAGGACGACAAUGACCGUGUUGACGACGACAACGAUGACGCCGACAAUGAUGAUGUUCGCGGUGAUGGGCCACUGCCGCGUGCAGCGCAUGUUGACGUGUGCGCGUCUCUUCCUUCAUUGUCCGCCACCACUGCGGGUGGUGGUGCGUUUGCAGAUCAGCAGCAUCCACUGGCGCCGGUCAACGGGCAGGUGGUCAUGCCGGGUCAUCUUGGCCUCGGCAGUUCUGUUGACGAUGACAUCUUCGCCACGCCCCCAUCGUCGCCCCCACCCGAACGCAGUGACCAGCAGCAGCAGCAGCAGCAACAACAGCAUGUGGAGAUCGGAGCAUCAGGUGUCGUCUCGGAGCCGGGUACGCUGGUCCUGCGGCAGGGUGGGCGCCGGCGCAGCAGUGGGGCGGCGCCAGCGACGACGACGGUGAAGACGGCACUCGUGAGGACGCCAUCACGCCGCUCCAUCAAGACCCUGCGCGCCGUCUACCUCGAAGUCCGCAGACAAACCGUCCAGCUCAGCCGCGAGAAAGGCGACACCUCGUUUGCUGACCGCCGCUCCAUCGGCGAGGCGCCCGCCAUCACGGGUCUCGAGCGCUUUGACGAGGAGGUUCGCCAGCAGCUGCUCGCCUGGCACCGCACCACCCCAGAUGGCGAGGACUAUGUUGUUGCCGCCUACUACGUCGCCGCUCGCCACUUUGCGUACCAGGGCGCGCUGGGCGUGCCGCGGCUCACGCUUCCACGCAAGCCCGUGCGCACAGACCUGGGCCUGUUUGAGACAAUGUACUCGCCGACAGAGCUGACGAGCUUCGACCACGAGUACAUGCGGCUGAUGACGACAACCGCGCUGGUGGACGCGGACGGCACACGCACGAUGGGGCCGUUCCACAGCGCACAGCCGGAGUACACAUCGCUGGCGCUGCGGCCAGGCGAGAAGCGGGUGGCGGCGCAGGCCGUGCCCGUGGUCAGCAGGGACGAGGAGGACGAGGAGGACGAGGACGAGAUGGAGUUUAGCGGCAGCGACAGCGAUCUGGAGGUCACAGACACCAUUCCGCGCAUGCCAAUGCCGCCACCGGGUGUUGCUCUCCCACACCCGCUGACCGCAGCAGCAGGCAGCGGCGUCCUCGGCACCACCAACAACACCGUUGCCACCACCACCAACACCAGCAGCGCCAUCGCCACUGGCCCGUCUGCUGCGGCGAUGAUGUGGCGCCCGCGGCUGGCGCACCGCUCGUCGUCGUUUCGUCUGCGCAGCGAUCGCAACCUGCGCACAUCUGCAGGAACGUCGGCAGCAGCGCGCGUGUGUCGACGGACCGAUGAGGACCCGCACGCAUGGCGGCUCUCCUACGCGUUCUCAAAACCGAUAUCGUGGCAGGACGCCGUGCUGAUGCGCAAACACUCGCGACGCGUGGUGGACAUUGGCAGCUUGCUCGCGCGUGCACAGCCGUUGGCCGCACAAGGAGCAAGCGCGGGUGGCGGUGGUGAUUAUGGCGAUGGCGUCGGCGAUUGGCUGCACGCCACGUCGUCGAUGCCUGACGUCGCUGGACGCUGCGGGCGCCGCGUUGCCCUCGGCAGUCGGAGUUCCGUCCAACUCUUGGGCAGCGGCAAGCCAGCGAGCAGCAGUCAGCAGCAGAAGCAGCAGCAGCAAGUGCCGGCAGCAGCAACGACGACGACCACCACCAGCAGCGGUGGCAGUGGAGAUGGUCAGGGCAAUGGUGCCGCAGCGACUGGGGCCUCGGCAAUGAAGGACAGCCGCGCGCGUGCGUUGCGGCAAGCGGCGGUGACGCAGAGCCUUCCGCCCCAACGCCGACACAAGGAGAAGCAGCCCGCAAGCGUGUUGAGCCUGUUUUCCAUCAUGGAAGACAACGAAGAGACGCCAGAGGACGACACAAGCGCGGGGGCAACCGCUGACAUAGGCGCACGAAGCACGCAACCAAACACGUCAGCACGGGCCAGUGCAUCUGCCUCGAAACCUCCACCGUCAUCGUCAUCGUCGUCAUCGUCGGCGUCAGCAACCCGUGCACGCCGGUCACAACUGCAGCGGGGCCGAAGUGUUGAGGAGGACCAGAGCCGAACUGGCAGCACGUCUGGUCGAGAUGAUGGUGAUGGUGGUGAUGGCGGCCAUGGUGAUGGUGGCCGCGGUCACAACCACCACGCACAUGCGCGUGCUGAAAGGAGGGUCAUGUUUGCGCCAGACACAGUUGGGGGCGGUGGCAGUGGUGGCGGGAAGGCCCUGUCUGCCACGUCAACGCCCGUGCAUGCGCGACAGCAGGAGCGGCGGCGCCGAAACCGCAGCGAAACGCACGCCAGCGGGGACGUCUUUGCCCGCCACAACAGCACGACCGCGCGCGGCGAAGAGGGCGAUGUCGCCUUCACGCACGUGCUCCCGUCCACCUCCGCGCUGUACACGUGCAGCUCUGCCGAUAUUGCGUCACGCGCGCGCACGCGACCCUCUGACUCGCGUGUGUAUGAGGAGUGCGCGCGCGUGUCGGAGCAAGCGGGGCGCGCGCUUGGGCCUGUGCCGAGCGAGAGCCUGCGGUCGUACGCGGCGUAUCUGCGGGCGCACAGGGCCAUUCGCCCGACCAUCCAGGCUGAACUCUUUCAAUCAGCAUCACAGCACCAGCAGAGUGGCGGUGGUUAUGGCGGUAAUGAUGCUAGAUGACGCCAGAAUGAAGGCGCUGUGAGUUUCUGUGUGUCGAUGCGUGUGUGCGUGCGUGUGUGCGUGCGUGUGCGUGUGUUUGGCAAGCAUGGACAAGUGCCACAUUUUCUCUGCAUCGAAUUCACUUGAACGUGUUCAUUUUCGGUCAUCAUCAUCAUCAUCAUCAUCAUCAGGCAAGCGAGCAAGACAGACACCGUUUUGCUGGUGGUUGCAGCUCCUAAAACAGCAACGGCAAGCGACGUACAAAAAGCGAAUAGAACAAUCACAUACGCGCACGA